UCGGUCCUCUAGCUGUUGGUCAAUGGCGUUGGUGGCGGGAAAGUUGAGUGCCUCGCGCGCUGAGCCUUCGGGGCGAUGUGUAGUGACUUCCAUCGGUCUGAGUCCGGGACCGAGUUGCUUGCCCGACUUGAAGGUAGAAGCUCCUUGAAAGAAAUAGAACCAUACCUGUUUGCUGAUGAAGAUUCACCUGUGCAUGGUGACAUUCUUGAAUUUCAUGGUCCAGAAGGAACAGGAAAAACAGAAAUGCUUUACCAUUUAACAGCACGAUGUAUACUUCCAAAAUCAGAAGGUGGACUGGAAAUAGAAGUCCUAUUUAUUGACACAGAUUACCACUUUGAUAUGCUUCGGCUUGUUACAAUCCUUGAGCAUAGACUUUCCCAGAGCUCCGAAGACAUCAUAAAAUACUGCCUUGGAAGAUUUUAUUUGGUGUACUGCAGUAGUAGCACCCAGUUACUUCUCACACUGUACUCACUAGAAACUAUGUUUUGUAGCCACCCCUCUCUCUGCCUUUUGAUUUUGGAUAGCCUGUCCGUGUUUUACUGGAUUGACAGGGUCAAUGGAGGAGAAAGUGUUAACUUACAGGAGUCUACUCUGAAGAAAUGUUCUCAGUUCUUAAAGAAACUUGUAGAUCAGUAUCGCUUGGUUCUUUUUGCAACGACACAAAGUAUAAUGCAAAAAGCCUCAAACUCACCCGAGGAGCCUUCUACCUUUAAACGUCCCUGUGAUGCAGAGGUGGACUACAGACCUUAUCUGUGUAAGGCGUGGCAACAGCUGGUAAAGCAUAGGCUAUUCUUCUCCAAACAAGAUGACUCCAAAGGCAGCAGCAAGUUUUCAUUAGUGUCACGGCAUUUAAAAAGUAACAACAUCAAAAAACUUUUUUUUAUUAUUGCAGAAAGUGGGGUACAGUUUUGUUGAUGUAUUUUGUAAGACAGUCUCAAGAUUCUAAGUGUUACAAAGUCUCAGGCUUUCAUUCUGAAGUUCCACCCUCUGAAGGAGUUAAUAUAACAGUAUUUCAACACAGAAUGUAUUUCUUAAACCACUGCAGUAAAACUUCAGGCUAUUCUAUUUCUGUAU